AUGCUGCACCCGGAUAAAAAUAAGGCCCCAAAAGCAGAAGAUGCAUUCAAGAAGGUUAAUAAAGUCUCUGCUACUCUACUGGACCCGCAGCAAAGACGUGCAUACGACUUAGGCGGAGUUGAGGCUGUAGAGGCGCCGCAGCAAACAACGCGAAGAAAUAAUGCAGCAGAGUUUAUGACUGCAGAAAGUGUGAGAGACUUCAGUCGCUCAACGCCGGGGCGGGGGCACCGAGGCCCGCAGCAGCACUAUCAAGAGAAUAAUCUACACGCCUUUGUUCAAUUCCUACCGAUGCUUUUGCUUUUUCUUUUGAUGUUUUUGUUUAACUUCGCGCCGCACGAAACAAAUAACUCUGCG